AUGCAUAAUUCUAACUAUAAUCUCUGGGCCAAAAUUCCUGGCGAAACUAAUACUUUUGUAGUGAGAAAUUUCACAUUUUAUCAAUUAAAAAAUCAAGAUGAAUUUUUAUUUUUCAACCAAAAGCCUAAAGUUUAAGAAACAGAAGUUAUUUCUUAUUAAGAAUUUCAAGAAUUCCGAAAUGCUAAUUUUUUAGAAAACUAGGCAUUAGUACAAUAUGAUUUCCAUAGACAUUUUAAUAAUUUAACAGACUCAUCAAUUUUAAUUAAUGACGUUUUAAAUGUAGGAUCUUUUGGGGCUUGGCAUAAGAUGAAAAAUGCAAAUGAAACUUUACUUUCAUUAAAUGGGCUUUCUAUUUUAUUUAAAUCUUUAGUUUAAUAAACUGUUCCAGUUAUAAUAGCUAUAGGAUAUACAGGAUUAAAUAAGGAUGAGACAUAUAAUUAUUAUUGCAAAAUAGCUUAAUUAAAUGACUAAAUGUGUAAUUGGUUAAAAACAGAUUCUAUAUAUGGAUGGAAGGAUAAUUUAACAUUAAUACAUUGGUCAUAGGCUACUUUAUCAAAUUCAACAUUUUCAGGCGAAAGUUUAUAUCUAAAAGAUUAUUUUAAAUUAAGUAAUGAUUAAUUUAAUUCGCUUUAUAACUCUUUUUCGGAAACAACUAAUGCUUUGAUGAGUUUUGCAGUAGACUCAUAUUGUAAUUAAUAUAUUCCUCAAAAUUUGACAUAAAAUGUGACUUGUAGGAAUGAUCCAUUUAGCUUAGCGGCUGUUUAGUGGAGUAUAGGAUAAAUUUCUAAAAAUCCUCCUUAUCCUAUCAAGCCUUUUGAAACAAACCCUAAAGCUAGUUUCGUAUUUUGGAAUUAUAUGAAAUAUUUUGUAUAUAAUUUUACUUAAAAUAUUCCUUUAGGAGGUACUCCAGGUUAGGCUUCUAUAGGUUAGUUUACUGCUGAUUCUUUAUAAAAAAAUUAUUAAUAGAUGAAAAAUAAUAUAUAAUUAAAACUUUUUGCUGGGUAUUUUUUUAAAAAGAUAUUAUUGGAAUAAAAAGCAUAAUGUAAUGAUGUUUUUUCUUUUAAUUUUUCAAUUGAGUAAGUUUAAAAAAUUUGCUAAGAAAUGGAAGAUUUCAAAAAUUGGGAUUUUAAUUCAAUGUUUAAUCUAGCUUAUUUAUGUAUUAAAUAAGAUCCUUUUUAUACUGAAUUUUUUAUUUAAAAAAGUUUGUCUGAAUUUUAGUAAUAUGUAAUUUUUUGUAAGGAAAAUUAAUAUAUAGGUUAAAAUAUUAUUAUUUUUAAUUAAAUUCUAUUUGAUAAAUACAAUUGCUCGCCUUUGUCUGGAAAAGGAAAAAUAUGUUCAGAUAAUGAAUUAGCCUAAUAAUAAUGGUAUGGGAGUGUUAUAACAUUAAAUUUACCCGAAUAAAUAAGCGAUAUAUUAUCAAAAGGCGAAAGCUAUUACUUUUGGGAUAAAGAAAAUAUAGACGGACCAUUUGAGUAUUAAUAUUUUAUAAAUAAUAUAAUAAAAGAGGAAAAAUAGAAUUUAAAUAAUGAAUAAAUAAAUAAACUUUUAACUUAUGACGUCCUUUUUAGCCCUUCAGUGAUACCUUAAAUUUUCCAAUUAUAAAAACUAAAAAAUAAAUAAUUAAUUAAUUAAAAGUUUUAUUUUUAAGAUGGAGGAGAUUAAUUAUGUAAAUAUUAUAGGUAUCUAAUGGUAAACUUAGUCUUUAAAUCAUUAAAAUAAACACGAAAAGCCUCCGAUCUACUAUUCGGAUAUGUAGACUACUUUGUGGAUUCUCAAAAAAAUAAAGAUCCUUAAACUGGAGGCGACCCUUCUUUAAAUUCAACAAUAAUAUUAAAUGACCCAAAUAAUAAUUACUACGAAAAUACAUCUAAAAUAAUAAUGUAUACUGGAUAAUCAGAUUCUUCAAAAACUAGAUAAUAUUAUUCAAUAAAUGGCUUUAAUUAUACAACAUAUUAGUUUUAUUGGUUUGAUGGAAAAAAUGUUCAAAGUGUAUAUACUUCGCCUUGGAAUGGAAACGCCUAUAUUUAAGGUUCUGAUAGUGUAUAAAAUCCGCCUAAUAUAGAUUAUAGCGAUAAGGUUUAUGUAUAUAUAGACAGUUUUGAUAGAGGAGGAGCUGCUGUCUGGAAUGGUUAAAAAUAAAAACAUGGAGGAUUAGAAUGUUACAGAUAUUAAAAUGAAGAUAAAUUUUAUUAAAAUAAGAAUUCAAGAAUUAGUAAUUCAACAGAAAUAUUGGAUAUUUAAGGUAAUAAAGUGGUUUCUAAUAAAGAAAAAGAUGGUCUCUUUAUGGAUAUUGAGCCUUAUAGCGGUAUUACGCUAGCUGCAGCUAUUAAUGUUUAAGUUAAUAUGCUAAUAGAACCUGAUGAAUUAUUUGAUAUCAAAUAACCUGUUUUGAUUCCUAUUUAUAAUACUUUUAGAACAGGAAAUUGGUCUGAUUCAGCAAUUGAUAAUUAAUUAGGAGAGCUAAAAAUGGCAUUAGUAGCGAAAAGAUCUAUAGAAAUAAGUGGAUAUAUAAUAGGUGGAGUUUUUAUAGUUUUAAGCUUAAUACUUCUUUACAGGAUUAAGAAAAUAAAAAAUAUAGAAUAUGAAUAAUAAAAUAAAAAUAAUUAAUUAUUAGAAGAUAAAGAAUAAAUUGUUUCUGAUAAUUAUAUUUGA